AUAUUAAAAGUUAAUAUCUUUUCCGCCUUACGUAUUCUGUUUAUCACCGCCUCUUAGACCAUCCCAUUUGUACGUAAACAGAGAAAAUAUGAUCGCAACGCGCCAUUUCUCAGUCAGAGGCGUGACAUUAACCCCUUAUCAAAGAAGCCGAAGCUAUUUAAGAUAAGAUGGCGGUUUCUUCUGAUGUCUGAAUGAAUUGUUUCGGUUUUUUUUGAAGUAAGGAUAACGUUAAGAACGAUUUGAAAUGCCCAGCUGAUUUAAAUAGAAUUGAAGUAGAAAGCAUUCAGUUAAACUUUCUACUUUAAAGUGCAAAGACGUUCAUAAGAAAUAUAUUUCAGUAAAAUUAACUAAAAUGUCACCUCCAAGUCGUGUUCCAACAACAAUCAGUUCAAACUUUAAAAGUCAACAUCAUUGUCUUAAAGAACAUACUAAGUAUUCACCGUUGGCAUUACUUGCAGCAACCUGUAAAAAGAUUGGACGGCCUAUCAGCCCAUUAGAACAAACAUCUCCUAAAAAACUUUUUCAACCAUGGAAUCACACAUUUGAAUCACACAAUUAUGAAACACCUAUUUCACCAAAUAGCAAAGUGAGACACUUUCUAGAGACAAAUUUCUCGCUUCCACCAAGUCCUCCAUUAAAAUCAGAGAUAAUAAAAGUUCCUCCAACAAUAAGACCAAUGCCGAUGACGAAUGUAAUGCAAGAAAAAGCGACUUUAAAUUACUCACAAAAACUUUCUCCACCACCAUGUCUCGCAUGUUCAGCUGGUCAAAAGUGUAAUGGUAUAAAUAAAAUAUCUCCAGUUUUGCUUUCUCCGCCUGCCUCGCCAAUCUCAUGGUUAUUUCCUCAAAAUAUUAUUCAAUCUCAUCCUUCUAAAGUAUCAAUUAACGAGCACCACAUAAAAGAAUAUUCCGAACAUUCUCAAGCUGAUCCAACGCGUUUUGUAAACUACGUUUACAAAAACGUCGACUCUUCUCAAGCAAAACCUAAUUUAAUUAUUCGACACGAUAACAUGGUCUCCUCUACACAAUCAUAUAACAAUCGUAUAUUCUCAUCUUCACCACAUUUAACUACAACAUCCCACAUAUAUUCAAUGUCUACAUCAAUUCCAGCGCAAUCACAUGCAGUUGUACCGAACAGCGUUGCAACCCGAAGAUGUCGUCGCUGUAAAUGUCCAAACUGCAUAUCAGGACAGCAAUCUGAACCUAAUAAACCCAAGCAGCACGUAUGUCAUAUUCCAGGGUGCGGAAAGGUUUAUGGUAAAACUAGUCACCUUAAAGCUCAUUUAAGAUGGCAUGCUGGAUUACGUCCCUUCGUUUGUAAUUGGUUAUUUUGCAACAAAUCCUUUACUCGUUCUGAUGAACUCCAACGUCACUUGCGAACACAUACGGGCGAAAAACGUUUUGCUUGUCAAGAUUGCGGCAAACGUUUUACUCGUUCCGAUCAUUUAUCGAAACAUAUGAAAACACACCAAAAUAAAAAACAAGAAAACACAUUUGUAAAAGAUACUGUCAUAGAAGUCAUUAAAGACAAUGUCGAUGAAAAUUGCGAUGAGAAUGUUAUGGAACUUGAAGUAAACGUUGAAAACUAAAUUUAAAAAUUUUUAUUUAUAGCUCUAGAGUAUAUCUUCCUUUUAAGUGCUUAAUGUAUAUAACUUCAAUUUGUAAAUAUUGUACGUAUGUAAAUAUUACUCCUAAAUCGAAAAGCUUUUA